AUUUAUUAUCUAAGUUUGCUUUCAGAGGGGAAACAUAGACUUCUGAUGUUGCAUCCCUCCAUUUAGAGGUUGCAUUUUUGAAUUCUCAUCUUCAUUGGUUUCUAUCCAGAACAGCUUGUCUCUUGGUGUUGCUGCCCAUACUCCACCAUUCUUGGCCCUCCUAGAGGGCAGCAGAAGAAAAAAUAAAGAGGUGUGCAUUUUAUAGCCUAGGUGAAGGAUACCCAUAAUGGCAUCUGCAGGGCUAGAGAUCAUGGCUAUGGCCCUGUGCAUCUUUGGCUGGUUGGGGACUAUCCUUUCGUGUGCAUUGCCCAUGUGGAAGGUUUCAGCGUUCAUUGGAAACAACAUUGUUGUGGCGCAGAUAAUCUGGGAGGGACUGUGGAUGAAUUGUGUUGUACAGAGUACUGGCCAGAUGCAGUGCAAGAUCUAUGACUCCAUGCUAGCCCUCCCUCAAGAUAUCCAAGCUGCCCGGGCCCUCAUGGUUGUCUCUGUGGUGCUCGCUGUCCUGGCACUGUUGGUGAGCAUUGUUGGAGCCAAGUGUACCAACUGCGUGGAGGAAGAAGGUGCCAAGGCACGUAUUGUCAUUACCUCAGGUGCCUUCUUCAUCAUCUCUGGACUUCUCGCCCUCAUUCCUGUGUGCUGGUCAGCCAACUCCAUCAUCCGUGACUUUUACAAUCCAAUUGUGGCUGAACCUCUCAAAAGGGAACUGGGGGCUGCUCUCUAUGUUGGCUGGGCAGCUUCCGCCUUACUGCUCCUUGGAGGAUCACUCCUGUGCUGCUCCUGCCCGCCACGGGAGAACCGUUACCCAGGCCGCAUUGCAUAUUCUGUCCCAGCCAGAUCUACUGCUCCACCAGGCAGUGCAAUUGACAAGCGGGACUAUGUAUGAGCAGCUGUGGUAGAGGUGGUGAAAUCUGCCAGAUACUGUGAGGCCCAAACUAAGACAGGUAUUAUUGGCCCAAGGACUUCUGGAAUAAGAAGAUGGGACAACCUAAUCGGUUUGGGUUCAGCUGUGAUAUCUGGCAAUUCUGGAAUGUCGGUGUGCGUAUGCGUGGGUAUAUAAGUAUAAGUGAGAGAUGUGAAUGAGUGGAUGACUGGGGAAAUGUGAACAAAUAAAGGAAUACGUGAGAGAAUGAACAAACAUUUCUGAAUGAGAUGACUACAUCAGCAAACACAAGUGGAAUGCAGAAACAAGUGGGGUGGCUGAACAAACAAGGGCAGGUUGAGAGGACAAGUAUAUGGAUAAGUUAACAGCUACACAAAAUGUGCAUGGAGGUGAAAAAUAAAGAGGUAGAUGAGGAAGAAUAGAAACAUCCUGAUAACAAAGGCUGUGCAAUUUGGUAGAAUGAGGUAGCUAUCUUAGGCCAAAGUAGUGGUCUUCUCCUUUUCCCUGUUGUUCUUCCAAAGACUUCAGG